AAUUAUUAUGGUGUAAAUUAAUUUUACAUUUAUUGGUAAUUUGAGCUAUAAAUUCACAUGAACACUACAAUUAACACUUAGCUUGCCCUUCCUUUAAUACUUUAGCAGCAAACUUCAUCACUUUAUUCUUCAUCUUUUCUACUGAUAUAGAAAUAUGUUGAAAAUCUUCACUACAUUCAUGGUUUUAUCCAUGGCACACUGCGGAUCGAGCCUUCAACUCUCUCUUAAACCACGUGCUUUUGAAUACUCCGUGAAUGUGAUGAAUAUGGGGGCUGUUGGUGAUGGCACAACAGAUGAUUCACAAGCUUUCUUGAAAGCAUGGGCAGCUGUUUGUGGAGCACAGAAAUCUGAACCACUUCUGGUUAUACCAGGUGGGAAAACAUUCCUUUUGUACCCAGUUACGUUUCGAGGUCCAUGCUCGUCCUCAUCAGUUAAUAUUCAGAUUUGGGGAAAUAUUCUGGCACCGGAAUAUUCAGCUUGGAAAGGAAAAGAUGUGCAAACCUGGCUUCUUUUUGAUAGCAUAAACUGGCUUAAAAUUGAUGGAAACGGGCAAAUUGAUGGACGCGGUGAAAGCUGGUGGAAGAAUGCUUAUAGUCCUUAUAAUAGACCCUCCGCUUUGACAUUUAACAAUUGCAAUAACCUGCGUGUGAAUGGAUUGCAUCACGUCAACAGCCAACGGAACCAUAUUACUGUAACUGGUAGCAAGAGUGUAGUCCUUUCUCAAUUAACUAUCACUGCUCCUGAUAGCAGCCCCAACACCGAUGGCAUCGAUCUCGACCAGUCAAGCAAUGUUAUUGUAAAAGACUGCACCAUUGGAACUGGUGAUGACUGUAUUGCAGUUGGUACUGAAUCCUUCAACUUCACCUUUAAUCGUAUCACAUGUGGGCCAGGCCAUGGCAUAAGUAUUGGAAGUUUGGGAGCACGUGGAACUUCUGCUAGAGUUCAAAACAUACUAGUCUACGACUCUAUCUUCAAAGGGACUACUAAUGGUGUAAGGAUAAAAACAUGGCAGGGAGGAUCUGGGUCUGCCAAGAACAUUACCUUUGACAAAAUUCGCCUGGAGUCAGUUCAGAACCCUAUUAUCAUAGACCAAUAUUAUUGUCCACAUAGAAACUGCCAAAAUCAGACGUCAGCUGUUAGACUAAGCGAUAUCACGUACCAUAAUUUCCGGGGGACUUCAGUUUAUCCUGAUGCAGUUAUAUUGAGUUGCAGCCAUACUACCGGUUGUUACAAUGUUAGAGUUAGCGACGUUAAAAUACAGAAUUCAAAGUCUGGAGUUGUUAGCGAAGCCUCAUGUAUCAACGCUUACGGAGACUCUCUUAAUUCUUACCCGGCUGUAGAUUGUCUUAAACGUUAAUAAAUGUAAAGCUAAAUUAUUCAAAUCAAUUUAUAUCGUGAUAGUUUUAUAGUC